UAGACCUGAUCUGUUAGACUUAAAAGUGCCAAGGAAAAUAUAUUUAUAUUAUAUCAGGUUUGAAUAUAAGCAGAUAACUAUGCAUUGUUUUCAAUUUGCCCUCAUCAUAAUUUUUGUGACAAAUGCUAAAGGAUAUAAUGUUAACAAUACCGCUCCAUCAGAUAUUGACGCACAAUAUUUAAUAGAUUUUGGAGUGAAAACAAACGAUGCUAAAUUAGAGGCUGUUGGAAUAGCCAUGAAAAAUCUCCAUCAGCAAACUUGCGAUGGUUGGUCGACCUGGUCUAAAUGUACUUCAAACAUUUUUCGUUAUUUUGGAAUAAAGCAGCGUACCAGGAAAUGUGUCAACACAUCUUUGGCAAAUGAAACAGACUUACGCUUAUGUAGGAAUCGAUGUCCGUCUGACUAUAAAACAACAUCAAAUGGAUUUUGUAUAAAAUUAUACACCAUUGCAAAAUUUCAUUCAGAAGCAGAAAACUACUGCAAGUUAGAUGGUGGACACUUGGUUCAUAUCAACUCACAGGCAAAAUAUGAUGCGAUUGUGGAAAUGGAUUUUCCAAACAAUGUAGCUAAUUAUAUACACAUCGGCGGACAGCGGAUUGGCAAUAGCUCAUUCUGGAGGUUCAACGACGGCACAAGGAUUACGUUUUUCAGGUGGGCACCAUCCGAACCGCAUGUAGAGCCAUGUUUGUACUUAGAGAAGACAUCAAAGACUAUGCAUGAUUCAUCGUGUCCUCAGAAGUUUCAUUUCCUCUGUGAAAUCACUAAAACAGGUGAUUAAAUGAAAAUGUUUAUCAACAGAAUGAAAAUCAAAUGAACACCCAUUGUGUAAAUAAAA